UAAUAACUUUAUUUUAUUUAUACUUUUUUUAUUUGUACUUGAAUCAAACAGUGUAUAAAGAUUAUUGUUCUUAUGAUUUCAUUCGUUACGUAGUCGGUUUAGUGACACAAUUCAGUAAGUACAUUUUCUCCGAGAGCUGAAGGCAGUAAGAUUACUUUAGAAGCAGAUACGUAUAGGAAUCGAAUGUAUAAUGGCAGACUCCGGAGUUGACACCAGUAAUGAAAGUAGUGAUAAUCAAAACAUCGAUCAUUCUCCAUGUAUUAUAGAAUUUAAUCCAUUAGCAAAUUCGUUAGAAUUGCCAGGAAAUGGAGGGAUAUCAAGAGAUUUCUUCGACGAACCUCACGAUUUAAUUGGUAAAAUAAAAUGUACCACGAAGGCCAGACAUUGCCGAAUUAAAUAUCGAUGCAGUGCUAUGAUUUACUCAUCAAAAAAUCAGAAACUGCGAUUUGCGGCAUCGACAAACAACUCUGAACUUGUAGAAAAACUACUAUUAUCAGGUGCAGACCCAAACUCUUCAGAUGAGCAUAAACGAAGUCCUUUACAUUUGGCAGCGUGUCGUGGAUAUGUCGAUGUUGUAAAAAUACUCCUAAGGCACGGCGCUAACCCAAAUAUAAAAGAUACUCUUGGUAACACUCCAUUGCACCUUGCCGCUUGUACUAAUCACAUACCAGUAGUAAUUGAACUGCUUGAUGCUGGAACAGAUGUUAAUUCCAAUGAUAGGAAUGGUCGAAAUCCUAUUCAGUUGGCCCAAAGUAAAUUAAAACUAAUACAAAUGCGUCCAAGUGGUGCCAGUCAUUAUGAAGAGACCCGGCAACUUAUUAGUGAAAUUUGCCUUGUUGUUGAGAUGAUGCUUAAAUAUAUGAAAAUUCAAAAAGCUGACUCUGGUGAUCUUGAAUCCGUCCGUCAAAGACUUGAGUGUAUCAGUACAAGGGAGCAAGUUGAGUCUGAAGUGCAAAAUUUACUUGAUAGUCUUGACUCCUUGAAACUUAGAUAAAUAUUUUAUAACUUAUCUACAAAACUUAAUAAUUUUUUUUAAUUUUGCUCAUAUCAUUACAGUUGAACCAAGAUAAAUGAGAAACCUUUUUAAUUGAGAGUCAUUAUCCAAUCCUGACGGACAACCUCCAUAAGAGACAAACCUCUAAG